AUGGCGUCGAGGGGCGGGAGUGCGAAGGGCAAGGGGAAGUCGUCGGGCGCCAAGGGGUUGAAGGUGGAGGAAGGGGUGCCUGUGGGGAAGUGCGUGAAGGUGUGGACCACGUGGACGAUGAAGAAGGCGAAGGUCGUAGCUCACUGGGGCUUCAUCCCGCUCGUCAUCGUCAUCGGCAUGAACUCGGAGCCCAAGCCCCAACUCUUCCAGCUCCUCAGCCCCGUCUGA